AUGAUUGAGCUUCAGCAAGCAGACAUGGCCCCGGCACUGGCACCUGAAUCUACUUCGUCCAACGCAAAGCCUACCGCUACCACACAGGCAACUAUCAAAACACCAUUGCCGAACCCGUCGUUACAAGUUACCGCAGACCACAAUUUGAAGCUGCAAGAGGCGCCUGUGUACGCGCCAAAGAGGGGAGAAGUAUUGCUGCAUAUCAAAGCUACAGGUGUUUGCGGAUCCGACAUUCACUUUUGGAAGGCUGGGAGAAUAGGCUCACUCAUCGUCGAAGGCGACUGUAUUCUUGGACAUGAAGCGGCAGGAAUUGUCCUACAAACUGGUGAAGACGUUACAACUCUCAAGCCCGGUGAUCGCGUAGCAGUCGAGCCUGGUGUUCCAUGUGGCUCAUGCUUUCUUUGCUUGGACGGCCGAUACAACCUUUGUGAAGACGUCCAUUUUGCAGGUGUCUAUCCAUAUCACGGUACUAUCCAGCGCUACAAGACGCACCCCGCGAAGUGGUGUCACAAGCUUCCGUCUAGCGUUUCGUAUGCGGAAGGCGCGCUGCUCGAACCGCUUUCCGUUGUUAUGCAUGGCAUCAAGUCAGCAGGUCUGUCCCUCGGCCGCGGUGCGGUGAUUUGCGGUGCUGGGCCAAUUGGUCUCAUCGCGCUGGCUGCAGCGAGAGCGAGUGGAGCGCAUCCGCUUGUCAUUACGGAUCUUGAGCCUAAGCGACUGGCGUUUGCAAAACAAUUCGUACCGACGGUCGCCACCUACCAGGUUGAUCGAAGUCUUGACGCGCAGGGCAAUGCCAAAAAGAUCAGGGAACUUUUCGACUUUGAGAAUGUUGGCGAGUAUGGUGCACCAGAAACUGUGUUGGAGUGUACGGGUGUGGAGAGCAGUGUUGUCACCGCGGCGUACACAGCGAGAAGAGGUGGCACGGUAAUGGUAAUCGGCGUAGGGAAGGAGAUCAUGAACAACCUACCCUUCAUGCAUCUAAGUCUGGCUGAGAUCGAUCUCAAAUUCAUCAAUCGCUACCGCGACACAUGGCCCUCGGGCUUGCAAUGUUUGGCUGGUGGUAUUCUUGAUCUGAAGCCACUUGUUAGUCACACAUUCCCUUUGGAGAAGGCACUGGAAGCUUUGCACACAUGCGGGGACUUGAGCAAUGGAAGUAUCAAGGUGCAGAUUAUUGAUGAUGUGGAUAAUGUACUGUAG